AUAUCGGUAACUUAUUACUUGUCAGAAAGAUUCGAAUCAGCUGGCAGAAUUUUUGUGAUUCUUUUUUCUUGUACUUGUUGCUUGUCGUUUAUCAGCUAGUUAGACUAUUUGGUAAACUACACAAUACGGUGUGGGAGAUGAUGAAACGUCGGCGCUUUGCAUCCGCUGCAGUUCCAGCAGCCAGCGCGAAACCCGCGCUGCGCUCCUCCACUGCAUUCAACCAGAUUAAAUCCCCCUCCACUCCCUGCAUGUCCUACAAAGACCUCAUCAAAGUAGUCGGGGUGGACCCAGAAUCGAAUCCUCUGUACUGGCGCAAAGCGAUCGAUCACUCAGCGGAGACAGUCGUCUUCUUCCAGGUGGAUCUGCGCGGCACACUGCCCCGCAUGAGCAAGAGCGUGCGUAUCUGUCGUGAACAGGCCCAUGGGGACAGCAGGCAGGGCCGUCUGAUUCCCAGUGUGUGUCAACGAUACCAUGCUGAGUUCGGAUUAUGUGAAAGCGGUGAUCGGACGACGGUUCCUGGCGGAUGAAGACGAUCUGAUGAAACUGCUGGAACACGCGGGAGUGCUGCAGGCGGAUGAAGAAGCAGGCGAGGAGAACGACGAGGAGAGGAAAGAUGAGGAGUGGGACGAAGGGGAGGUGGAAAAUGAACCGUAUAGGGCUGCGCCCGUUCCGAAACGAAGGAAAGUAUCGGGGAAGAAACAUUCAGGGCUGCCACAAAAAACUGCUAUAUCAAGAUCGCAAGCUUCACUUGUGGAAAAAGACGCUGAAUCGCAUACUGACGUCAGUGGCAGUCGCCGGCCCGUUGAUGUCUUAGUGAACGCAUUGGACAAGCCAUCGACGAGCAGCGCUGAAACCGCUGCGGAAGAAGACGCCGACGUAGAUUUGAGCGGUCUUCCAUCCGGCGACGACCAGGAUGACAUGCCUUUGGGAUACGAUGAGACUGGAUCACCGAGACUCGACAGCGAGGAUGAGCAUGCAGAGGCUGGACUGGAAGGGGAACACGAUCCUGGUGAUGCAUCAGAACCACGGACGCACACCGCCGCCACCAGUUACGAAGGCCGGGAUUUCAGUUUCGAGGAGGUGCUGGCGUUGAUUGACGGCGUGCACGCCCAGCCGUUCCUCUGGCAGAAGAGCAGCAUAGCGGGCCUGGGAACAGCUGCCCGCACCCAGGAGCGCCGCGUGGCCUGGGCGAACGUGGCCGAGAUGGUCAAUCAGACGGGCACGGGGGUCCCGAAAUCCUGUCAGGACUGCAUGUGGAAAUGGGAGAAUGUGCGGGCCACCUACCGGCGACUGGUCCGCACCAACGCCGAACGGACAACCACCUGGCCCUUCAUCGAGAAACUGGCCUUUACCAAACCGGAGAUUAUGCAGCGACGAAAACGGCGGGUGUAUAAUUCCAAAAAAAUUCCCAGUACAACCUGAAAGGAUGUCCAUCCGGUGGGUCAGAAGGAUGCGGACGAUUGGUGUCGUACAUCCAGUGCCGAGUAGUUUGUAUUAUCUCACCGUAUCACGGAUUUGUCCUUUUUCUUACCGUUAGAAAUGCGUUUGCUGGAUUAUGAAUAAUUCCUGUUUCAUCAUUCUUUACGGUCUAGUUUCCUGCUUUGGCAAGUGGGAUGAAGGAAGGAUUGUAUCACCCUUUAAUAAAACUUCUGUCUGUGCUUUUUAUCUACAUAUUAUUUACAGUUUAAGUUAUAUUUAUAAGUUACAUUUUUAAGUUUCCCUGUAAAUGUGUGCAGAUGGAUAUUUCUUUCGUUUAUUGACGAUUCCAGUUGGGUGAGUUUUGCUCAUCAAGUUUUUUUUAGCGGUAUUUAAGAAGUUUUCAGUGCACAAUGAACGCAUCUUGUUGUUACUUGUUCAUUCUUGGACUUAUCCGGAAAAUGUUUAAUCAACGGAAUAAAAAAGUACUCGUAGCAAAAUUAGUGAAAAUUUACCUAAAUUAACAGAAAAUUUACGAUUCCCGCUUAUUCUUGGGUUAUGAUGAUGAUGGUCACCUUCGCCGGACCCCCGGUGACGACUUCCGGCCGUGCUGGUCUUAUCGACAUUGAUGGUCUUCCUCGCCGUCAACGUAGCCUUGCCCCUCCCGGUGACCUUUGCAUUGAUCUUAUCCACCACCAACCCGCCGCGGAACGACCCAUCAUUGACAAUGUUGAGCGACAACGCCGCGGCCGUUCCGGUCAGGGUCACCGACGCGGUCUUAUCUGCCGACACC